AUACUUGGAAUCUGAAGAGAGAAAUGGCCAGUGACAGGAUCCAUGCUGCUUUACCUGACCCUCCCAUUCAAAAUGAAGAGGAGAACAAAGAAGACAAGGCUUUUGGGAAUAUCUUUGCUGAGUUAGAGUCUGUGGACUUGCCUCUAGGAACAACCUUAAGGUCAAUUUACGAUGACCAGCCCAACGCCCACAAGCGCUUCAUGGAAAAGCUGGACGCCAGGAUAAGGAACCAUGAUCGUGAGAUUGAGAAGAUGUGCAAUUUCCACCACCAAGGCUUUGUGGACGCCAUCACAGAGCUCCUGAAAGUCCGUGCUGAUGCAGAGAAACUGAUGGGUCAAGUAACGGACACUAAUCGAAGACUACAAGAGGCUGGGAGGGAGGUGACAGCUCAGACAGAGGAGGUGAUUCGCUGUCGGAUUCAGCAGAGGAACAUGGCCACCACUGUGGAGAAGCUCCAGCUCUGUAUACCUGUUUUAGAAAUGUACAGCAAACUAAAAGAGCAGCUGGAGUCCAAAAGAUACUAUGCUGCAUUGAAAACUAUGGAGCAGCUGGAGAAGGUCUUCAUUCCCAGGGUGAGUCAGUACAGGUUCUGUCAGAUCAUGGCUGAAAACCUGCCCAGACUAAGAGAGGAGAUCAAGGAGAUCUCCAUGUCGGACCUUAAAGACUUCCUGGAGAGCAUCAGAAAGCACUCCGACAAGGUUGGAGAGACCGCCAUGAGACAGGCACAGCAGCACAGGACCUUUAACAGUGCAGUAGCCAAACAGGCCAGUAUCGGCCACUACACCAAGCCUGUGUACUCCCUCAACGGACGAACACACACUCACACUCACAACGGCCUGAUGAUAGACGACGACACAGGAGAUGAGGAGGAAGCAGAUGAAGAGAUUCUUACAGCUCAGGACCUUGUGGACUUCUCACCUGUCUACAGGUGUUUACACAUUUACACUGUGCUGGGUGACCGAGAAACAUUUGAGAGCUACUACAGGAAACAAAGGAAAAAACAGGCCAGGCUAGUGCUGCAGCCACAGGCUAACAUGCAUGAAACAGUGGAAGGAUACAGAAGAUACUUCAAUCAGAUCGUAGGGUUCUUUGUUGUAGAGGACCACAUCCUCCAUGCCACGCGGGGGCUGGUGACCAGAGCUUUCACUGAUGAACUGUGGAACAUGGCCCUGUCCAAGAUCAUCGCUGUGCUUCGCACACACUCUUCAUACUGUGAUGACCCAGACCUGGUCUUGGAGCUGAAGAACCUCAUAGUCAUCUUCGCUGACACACUACAGGGUUAUGGUUUCCCAGUGAACCGGCUGUUUGACCUGCUGUUUGAGGUCAGAGACCAAUACAAUGAGACUCUGCUGAAGAAGUGGGCACUGGUUUUCAGGGAGAUCUUUGAAAUGGACAACUACAGUCCCAUCCCAGUGGAGACAGAGGAGGAGUAUAAACUGGUAGUCAGCCGCUUUCCUUUCCACGAUGCUGAGAUAGAGAAGCAGGACUUUCCAAAGAAGUUGCCAAUGUCCCAGUCUGUCCCUCAAAUCUACACACAGGUCAAAGAGUUCAUUUACGCCAGCCUCAAGUUCUCUGAGUCACUACACCGGAGUUCAACAGAGAUUGACGACAUGUUGCGAAAAUCAACCAACCUGCUGCUGACAAGAACACUCAGCAGCUGUCUGCAAAACCUCAUCAAGAAACCUCACAUAGGAUUGACUGAGCUGGUGCAGAUCAUCAUUAACACCACACACCUGGAGCAGGCCUGCAGGUAUCUAGAGGAGUUUAUAACAAACAUUACCAAUGUCUCCCCCGAAACAGUACACACCACAAGACUCUAUGGCCUUUCCACGUUCAAGGAUGCUCGUCAUGCUGCAGAGGGAGAGAUUUAUACCAAACUCAACCAGAAGAUUGAUGAGUUUAUCCAGCUAGCAGACUAUGAAUGGGGUAUGGCUGAGUCGGACGGUCGUGCCUCUGGAUACCUCAUGGACCUUAUCAACUUCCUACGGUCCACUUUCCAGGUCUUCACACACCUCCCGAAUAACAACAAUGACCAUGCGUCGAUGUCGGGUAAAGUGGCUCAGACAGCGUGUAUGUCAGCCUGCAAGCAUCUGUCCACAUCACUGAUGCAGAUGCUGCUGGACACAGAACUCAAACAGAUCAGUAUGGGGGCUAUCCAGCAAUUCAACUUAGAUGUCAUUCAGUGUGAAUUGUUUGCCAGUUCAGAGCCGGUCCCUGGAUUUCAAGGAGACACACUCCAGCUGGCCUUCAUUGACCUAAGACAGCUCCUGGAUCUGUUCAUGGUGUGGGACUGGUCAACUUACCUGGCAGACUAUGGCCAACCAACUUCCAAAUACCUGAGAGUGAACCCAGCCACCGCCCUGGCUCUGCUGGAGAAGAUGAAGGAUACCAGUAAGAAGAACAACAUCUUCUCUCAGUUCAGGAAGAACGAUAGAGACAAACAGAAACUGAUAGAGACUGUGGUCAAACAGCUAAGGAGCCUGGUUAAUGGCAUGUCCUCCUAAACAUACACACACACACACACACACACACACACACACACACACACACACACACAGGAGCAACAUGCGUGUCACAAAGAGAUGUAAAGAAUGGAACAUGCAUGCAGUCAAAUGCACACACUAAACUGCCAACACACUCAACAACACAGAGGAUGGAGAUGAUCGCACAUGUAAUGAAGUGAUAACAAACUACAUGACAAGGAACCACACAGGGAACUCACACACAAACACAAAAAAGGGACAGACAGCUUACAUACACACAACAUCACAUGAAAGCACAGCAAUACACACACUGUACAAGGCAUGCAGGGAACAGACCCCAACACACACACACACACACACACACAAAGUC